UGGGCACUGCACGGCUAUGGCAUGGGUGUGGGGGCUGGCAGGGGGGGCUGAGCAUGGUCACUGCAUGGUCACUGCAAGGCCACUGCAUGGGCAUUGUGCUGGGCACUGCAUGGGCACUGCACCAAGCAGUGCGUGGACAGUGCAUGGGCGCAGCAGUGCCCGUGAUGUGGCUCCAGCGCUGGGCACUGCACUGACACUGAGGGUUCGGGCACUGCACGGGCACUGCAGUGCACAUGGCAUGAAGCCAGCGCUGGGCACUGCACUGACACUGAGGUUUGGGCAUGGCACAGAUUCAGCAGGGCGCACUGCACUGGCACUGCAUGGGCACUGCAUGGGCACUGUGCUGGGCACGGCGUGGCAGGGCUUGGACACUGCAGGGGGCGAGCACUGCGUGGGUGCAGCAGGGGGUACGGCAUGGGGCAGCUGAGCACUGCACACUGCACAGCCUGGGCACAGGCACUGCAUGGCUAAGGGGUGAGGACAACAAGGGGCUGGGCACUGCAUGGGCACUGCACGGGCACUGCAUGGGCACUGGGAGGCUGAGCACGGUGCUGGGCACUGCACGGGCACUGCACAGAGAGCACCCAGGCACUGCAUGGUGCUGGGCACUGCAUGGUGCUGGGCACCCCACUGAGCACCACGUGGGCACUGCAGGGAGCCGGACACUGCGCUGGACACUGCACAGGCACCGCAUGGGAACUGAGCAUGUGGGGCUGCUGGUCCCCCGCGGUGCAGACCCAUUCCCGGUGCGCCUGGCCGGGGGUCCCGGGCAGUGCGCGGGGCGCGUGGAGGUGCUGCACACCGGGCGCUGGGGCACCGUCUGCGACGACGACUGGGGGCUGCCGGACGCGGCUGUGGUCUGCCGGGAGCUGGGCUGCGGCACCGCGCUGGCCGCCCCCACGGGCGCCUGGUUCGGGGAAGGCUCCGGCCCCAUCUGGCUGAACGGGCUGCGGUGCCGCGGCGGUGAGGGGCGCCUGGCCCAGUGCCGGCACCGGGGCUGGCGCAGCCACGUCUGCACCCACGAGGAGGACGCCAGCGCCGUGUGCUCAGCUCACCCCUUCCUCUCCCUGGGCACCAUGGAGCCCCCUCCGCCCUCCACCACAACCACCAGCACCCCAGCACCUGGUGACAUGACACCGCGGCCAGCUGGGGGUCCCAGACGCUGCAUGGGGCACAUGGAGGACACCAGCGUGGCAUGCACAGGGACCCCCACGCUGCGGCUGGUGGGGGCCGAGGGUCACUGCGCGGGGCGCGUGGAGGUGCUGCAUGCUGGCCAGUGGGGCUCCGUCUGCGAUGAUGGCUGGGGGCUUGAGGACGCGGCUGUGGUCUGUCAGGAGCUGGGCUGUGGUGCUGCGCUGGCUGCGCCCCGUGGGGCAUUUUUCGGCGAGGGCACUGGCCCCAUCUGGCUGGACAACGUGCGGUGCCAGGGGAACGAGUCAACCUUGCUGCAGUGCCCGGCUGCCCCGUGGGGCAUCACGGACUGCCAGCACCGGGAGGACGCGGCUGUUGUCUGUGCAGAUGAGCUGACCGCUGUGGACCCCAUGGAGCCCAGUCCCCAGCAGCUGCCAACCAGCCCAGCUCGGGUGCCCCCCUCUGCCGUGCCACACGAGACCACCCGGCCCCACACCCCCAGCUCUCCCCAGCCUGCCCCGAGCAGCCAGACCGUGGCUGGGAUGGGGCGCAGGGCUCCAGCCCAGCUCCGUCUGGCCGGGGGCCCCGGGCGCUGCGCGGGGCGUGUGGAGGUGCUGCACGCUGGGCGCUGGGGCACCGUCUGCGAUGACAGCUGGGGGCUGCCGGACGCGGCCGUGGUCUGCCGGGAGCUGGGCUGUGGGGUGGCGCGUGAAGCCCCCCGCAGCGCCCACUUCGGCCCCGGCACUGGCCCUGUCUGGCUGGAUGAGGUGAACUGCGAGGGGACGGAGCCCACGCUGCGGCGCUGCCCAGCUGAGCCCUGGGGCAGGCACAACUGCAACCACCACGAGGAUGCCGCUGUUAUCUGCGCAGGGCCAGAGGACCUGCCAUCACCCACGGGGACCUCCCAGUGGCCUCCAGGACUGGAUCAAGUUGGCACCAUCCCCAGCACUACCCGACGCCCGUUGGGACGGGAGCCAUCCAGCACCAUCCCCAGCAUCACCCAGCGCCCCACGGGACGGGAUCGAGUCAGCACCACCCCAGCCAAAGCAGGGCGGGAUCCCAUUCGUAUCAUCAGGAUCACCCGACUCAAAGCAGAGCAGGAUCCCGCUGGCGUCAUCCAAAGCACAAAGCCCAAGGCAGGACCUGGUGCGGCUGGUACCACCAGGUCCAAGGUGGGACGGGAGCCUGGUGGUCCCACCAGGUCCAAAGCAGGAUGGGAUGCAGCUGGCACCAACAGGUCCAAGGCAGGACGGGAUCCAGUUGGCAUCACCAAGCCCAAAGCAGGACAAGAUCUAGCUGCUACCAACAGGUCCAAGGUAGGACGGGAUCCAGUUGCCAUCACCAAGCCCAAAGCAGGACAGAAUCCAGCUGGCACCAACAGGUCUAAGGCAGGAAGGGAUCCAGUUGCCAUCACCAAGCCCAAAGCAGGAUGGGAUCCAGCUGGCACCAACAGGUCCAAGGCAGGACGGGAUCCAGUUGCCAUCAACAAGGUGAAAGCAGGACAGAAUCUAUCUGUCACCAACAGAUCCAAGACAGGACGGGAUCCAGUUGGCAUCACCAAGCCCAAAGCAGGACAGAAUCCAGCUGGCACCAACAGGUCUAAAGCAGGUCGGGAUCCAGUUGCCAUCACCAAGCCCAAAGCAGGAUGGGAUCCAGCUGGCACCAACAAGUCCAGGGCAGGACAGGAUCUAGUUGGCAUCACCAAGCCCAAAGCAGGACUGAAUACAGCUGGCACCAACAGAUCCAAGGCAGGACAGGAUCCAGUUGGCACCACCAAAGCCAAAGCAGGACAGGAUCUAUCUGGCACCAACACGUCCAAGGCAGGACGGGAUCCAGUUGGCAUCACCAAGCACAAAGCAGGACAAGAUCUACCUGCUACCAACAGAUCCAAGGCAGGACAGGAUCCAGUUGGCACCACUAAAGCCAAAGUGGGACAGGAUCUAUCUGGCACCAACAGGUCCAAGGCAGGACGGGAUCAGAUUGGUACCAUCCAUGUCACCCACCCCAAAGCAGAACAGGAUCCGCUCAGCACUGUGCAGAUCACCCAGCCCAAAGCUGAGCGGGUUGUGGUGGGGGCCAAACAGACCACCAUGAGCCCAACACGUUGGGUUUCGGUGGGGACCACGCAAGGCAUCAAGCCCAAAGCAGGUUGGGAUCUGGUUGGUGCCACCAGGAGCACCCAGACGCUGGUAGGACGGGAUCCUGUUAGUGCCACCCAAACCGAUGGGUGGCACCCACGGCCCAAAGCAGGGCAAGACUCAGCCCCCACCGUGGUGCUCCCAGUAGGUGCUACCACGUGGAGGAACCACCACGUGGGAGGACCAGGUCCAGAGGGGACCAUAAGGAGCACUCAUCCUGCAGCAGUGCUGGAUCUGGGUGGUACCAUGGGGAGCGCAUAUCCCACAGCAGAACUGGGUCCUGAAGGUCACAUCGGGGUCACACAUCGUCCAACAAGACUGGAUCCAGAAGGCAGCACACGGAGUGCACGUCCUGAAGCAGAACUGGGCCUGGAUGAUACUGUAUGGAGCACACGUCCCACAGCAGAACUAGGGCCAGGUGGUACCACCUGGGAUCCACGUCCUUCAGCAAGACCAGGUCCUGAAGGCCCCAUGAGGAGCACACGUCCUAUGGGUGCAGAACUGGGUGCAGAAGGUACCAUGAGAACACGUCCUGUGUCAGAACUAAAUCUGAACAGUACCCAGAGGGGUUCUUCAGCAGAACCAGAUCCUAGAGGCAGCACACAUCCUUCAGCAGAACCAGGGCCAGAAAGUACCAUGUGGAGCACACAUCCAACAGAAGAACCAGGUCCAGAUGAUACCACGAGGAUCACACAUCCCACAGCAGAACCAGGUCCAGAAGGUAACACGUGGAGCACAAAUCCCACAGUAGAACCAGGUCCAGAAGGUACCAUGAGGAUCACACAUCCCACAGCAAGACCAGGUCCAGGAGGUACCACGUGGAGCACAAAUCCCACAGUAGAACUAGGUCUAGAAGAUACCAUGAUGAGCACCCAUCCUACAGCAGAACCAGAUACAGAUGGUGCCAUGUGGCACACGCAUUCAACAGCAGAACCAGGUCCAGAAGAUACCAUGACAAACACAUAUCCCACAGCAGAACCAGGUCCAGGAGCUACCAUGAGGAGCACGCAUCCCACAGCAGGACUGGAUCCUGAAGACAACACACAGAGCACAAGUCCUGCAGCAGAAUUGGGCCUGUUUGAUAUCAUAUGGGGCACACAUCCCACAGCAGAACCAGGUCCGGGAGGUACCACAUUGGGUGUUGAACUGGAUACAGAAAGUACCAUGAGGAGCACACAUCCUGCAGCAGAACUGGGUCCAGAAAGUACCAUGAGGAGCACACAUCUUCCAGAAGAACUGGGUCCAGAAGGUACUACAUGGAGCACACAUCCUCCAGAAGAACCAGGUCUACAUGGCACCUCGCAGAGUGCACAUUCUUCGGCAGAACUGGGCUUGGCUGAUACCUUACAAAGUGCCCGUCCCACAGCAGUUGUUCCCACGUGGAGCACACACCCUUCAACAGAACCAAAUCCAGACAGGACCAUGAGGAGCUCUCAUCCUGCAACAGCAUCAGGUCUAGAUGGUACUACGUGGGGGACCAAUUCUUCAGAUGAUUUUGAUCUCAAUGGAACCACGAGGAGCACACAUCCUUCAGCAGAAGCAGGUCUAGAAGGCACCAUGGAGAGUACACAUCCCAAAUCAGAACCAGGCCCAGAAGGUACCGUUUGGAGCACACAUCCCACAACAAGCCCAGAUCCAGAAGGUGCUGGCGCAGGCUUGGGCCUCACUGGGGUCUCUGUGCCCCCCACCACAUCUCCAUCACCCCCCUCAUUUCUGCCCCCCACCCUGUGGCCAGCCAGCCCCCCUGCCCUUGCAGUCCAACUGGGUCCUGGCUCCCAGCGCCCCACAGAGCCCCCCAGCACCCAGGAGCCACCAGCACCCAGCCAGUACCCAGAGGAGACCCCCAGCACCCACGGACCCCUAGAACCCACCCAGAGCUCCCCAGGGAACCCCAGCACCCAGGGACUCCCAGCACCCACCCAGAGGCCCGAGGGGACCCCCAACACCCAGGGACCCCCAGCACACACCCAACAUGCUGUGGAGACACCCCCUGCCUGGAUGGAGCUUGUGCUCCACCAGCACCCCCCUGCAGAGACCCCCAGCUCCUGGAUGCCCCCAGUCCCCUUUACCCAGACCACACCAAGGACCCACAGCCCCCAGAGCCCCCCAGCACUCACCGUGCUCCCCCCAGGUGCCACCAGCCCUUACACGCUUGCUGCCCCCUCAGAGCAUCCCAUGGAGCCCCCCAUCUCCCAGAGCCCCCCAGCAUCCCCUCAGCACCCCGUGAAGUUGCUUGGCACCCCAACCCCCCCAGCACCCCUCCAGAACCUCACUGACACCCACAGCUCCAAGAGCCCCUCAGCACCCCUCCAGUAUCCAACAGAGCCCCCCAGCACCUGGACCCCCCCAGCACGCACCCAGCACCCCACGGGGACUUUUGACACCCACACCCACCCAGCACUCCCCCAGCAAUCCCCAGAGCCUCCCAGCACCCAGGGCCCACCAGCACCCCCACAGCAUUCUGUGGAGACCUUCAGCACCCAGGGACCCCCAGCACCCCCCCAGCACACCAAAAAGUUGCUCAUCACCCAGAGGACCCCCCCAUACUCCCAGCACCCUGUGGAGACCCUUGGCACCCAGCAACCCCCAAUCCCUCCCCAGCAUUCUGUGGAGACCCUUGGCACCCAAAGACCCCCAAUCCCUCCCCAGCACCCUAUGGGGACUUUUGGCACCCAGGGACCCCCAUUACUCCCCCAGAACCCUAUGGAGACCCUUGGCACCCAAGGACCCCCAGAACCCCCCCAGCACCCUAUGGAGACCCUUGGCACCCAGACCCUUCCAGUACCCACAGAGCUCCUCCACAUCCCCCCCGACAGCCCCAUGCUGCCUGGGCCCCCAUGUGCAGGUCCAGCUCCAGCAGCAGUGCCAACACCCCCCUCAGUGGGGGGCCAGGGGGGUCCCUGCAUGGCCCCCCUGCUGCAGGUGCUGCUGUGGGAGGUGCGGGGGCUGCGGGGGCAGCUGCGGGCCCUGGCCCGUGCCCAGCGGCGGGGAGCUCAGCGCCUGGAGGCUGUUGCCCGCCGCCUGGGCCGGCUGUCUGCCCUCGGCCAGCACCUCCUGGGGGGUCCCCCCCAGCUCUAUGGGGCCAUGGGCACCCGGGGGGGUCUUUGUAGGGGCUGCAAGUGAAAUAAAGCCGGGCUGGUUCCCCAAA